AUGCCUGAUGUUAGCCAACUAGCUCUCGUCUCCGCUGUAUCUAUUGGGCUUCUAUACGAAGAGAAACUUGGUUUUGAUAAAUCUCCUGAGAUAACA